UCGGAGUUUUACUACACAUAGCUAGCUAAAUAGCUUACCUUUAAUAGAACACAUUCUAAACAACAGUACGCGACUAUAUGUUUUUAUUAUUUUUUCUUACUGGAAUGUUUUCAACGCACAGCUGCGUGGGAUAGAGGGACUGAGGCUGAGGAAGGGAGAGAGCAAGGGAAAGGGAAAGAGAGAUAUCGAAGGAUUAUGGCUCUCGCAGCGUUAUCUCUCUGUCUCAUAACGCUCACCUGUACGAACUUCUACCUGGUGAAUGCCAACCGACAUGCAGUGCAUUGGAACAGCUCGAAUAUUCAUCUGCGCAGAGAGGGCUACACGGUGCAGGUGAACGUGAACGACUACCUGGACAUCUACUGCCCGCACUACAACGACAGCCAGCGUGGGGUCGGCGAGCAGUACAUCCUCUACAUGGUCAACUACCGGGGCUACCGAACAUGCGACCCGCAGCUGGGCUUCAAGCGCUGGGAGUGCAACCGCCCGCACGCCCCCCACGCGCCCAUCAAGUUCUCAGAGAAGUUUCAGCGGUAUAGCGCCUUCUCCCUGGGCUACGAGUUCCACGUGGGCCACGAGUACUACUACAUCUCCACGCCGACCCACCACCACGGCCGCAGCUGCCUGAGGCUGAAGGUGUACGUCUGCUGCUCCACCACCUCUGACACAGAUGAGGAGUCCCAACCGACCCAGCCAGACUACACUCUCAGACCCAACAUCAAAAUCCAUGACAUUGAUGAAUUUAACCCUGAAAUCCCCAAGCUGGAGAAGAGCAUCAGCGGCAGCAGUCCAUCCCGCGACCGCCUGCUGCUCACCGUGGCGACGCUCUUCCUCGCCGCCCUGUCCAUCUCCUAGCACCCCUGUCUCCUCAGCCGCGUCGCACCAGCAAGCCCUGGCACCGCGCGCUCGGGGUGGCCCGUGGGCGGAG